CCGGCCAAUAGUAAAAACAGCAAUAAAUCUGCAAUGGCCAGUCCAUCAUAUACUACCGCACCAACCACCUUAACCCGAGAUCUCUAUUCGUCCAGUACUCCGCGGCAACAGAGUACCCGUUACAAAGGUGACAGCUACAAACCAGAGUGGGUGCGGUACGCUGGGCAUAUGAAAGAAGGAUAUUGUGACCUGUGCAAACCCGGAAAGUGGUUACAGCUUAAGAACAGCGCGUACUGGUAUCAUAAACAAUUUCUUCAUGGCAUUUCUUCGGUUUCACGAAAGCCAUUUAUCGAACCACUCAAGCAAAGAAGAGGCGUUAAUGGAAUGAUUGAAGGUUUAUGCCACCAGUGUUACUCCUAUGUUCCGAUCUCUAGCCGAAAAAGAAAAAACCAUCUAUUGUGGUACAGGCACGCACACAAGUGUCACGUCUACACAAAAACAUCAAGCAGUACCUUUGAGAAAUAAGCUUUAUUUCACUAAAGGGAGCUAAAUGUUUUCUCUACCCCUCCGUUCCUUCAUGUCCUGUUUCUUUUCCUUUCUUUCUAUACAAACUAUCUAAUCAAAACAAGUAUAUACUACUCUUGUGAUGUGAAAAUUAUGAACAUUAUUCUUCUUCUUUUAUUUAUCUUGUGAUGUACAAGCUAAUAUGUUGAUUUUCUACUUUAAUACUUUACUUUAUUUUACUUUAUUUUUUACUCUAUUUUAAUACCAAAAAAGAAACCAAUACUGAUACC